GCAAGUAAUAUUCUUAUCCUUCUUCUCUAAGACAACACCCACACGUUUCCUGCUUCUUCUCAUUCUAUCGCCUGGCUGUUAUUUUCACCCUUGUUUACUUCAACCUAACGUCCUCCCAGAAUGUCCUCGGAAACAUGGCCGCCCCCGCUCAAGGAAUGGGUCGCAAAGUGUCUUGGCCAGAUGACAGACACAAACCGUGCAGAGGCCCAAGCUGAGCUCCGACAGGUCAUCGCUGACGCUUUCACCGCUAAGACACUCUGGACCACCGACUGGGCAGGUGUCCAGCUCCAAUGUUUAUUACCCAAGCCUCCUCCAACCCUCAGCGGACUAAACGGAUUAAAGCGCAAAAUGAACGACAGCCCGACUUCGAGCAAGAAAGCCAAGAAGGCCGCCCACCAGCAGCAACGAGCGGCAGCGGCAGCGCAUGACCUCAAUGACCAGGCCGCCCUGAAUCGUCGUGCUGCCCGCUUCCAACGCGAACACGAGCUCGAACGUCAGAAGUCGCGGGGCCAGCAGUACGGCAACGGCAACGGCGCAAGCAACGGCUCGGGGCUGCUCAAUCGCAUUUCGGGCGUGCAGCCAUCAUAUGCGAUGGACGUAGAUGAUCCGGAAGGGGAUCCGAAUGUGCCACAUUGGGAUAAGUAUACGAUCGUUGGGACGAACCAGGAGAUCUUCAAGGAUUACCUCCGUCUUACAUCAGAACCUAAGCCAGAGAUGAUACGCCCCUACCAUGUUUUACAAAAAACGCUAACCGCUCUCAAGACCCGCUGGAAGGAAAAGGCGUCCUAUAACUGGAUACGUAACCAGUUUAAGAGCUUACGCCAAGAUCUCACUGUCCAGCGUAUCAAGAACGAAUUUACGGCACAAGUCUACGAGAUACACGCCCGUAUCGCCCUCGAGAGCGAGGACAUGGUUGAGUAUAAUCAAUGUCAAGCUUCGCUCAAAACACUCUACGAUCUUGGCAUCCCUGGCAAGCUCGAAGAGUUUACCGCUUACCGCAUUCUGAUGCUUCUACAUGGGCGUAAUAAGAGCGAGCUCAACUUGUACGUAGGUCAACUAACACCCAGACAGAAAGCAGACGGCGCCGUAAAGCAUGCUCUGCAAGUGCAGCGUGCGCUUGCCCUUGGAAAUUACCAUGCACUGUUUGAUCUAUAUCUCAACGCACCUAACAUGGGCGCGUACAUCAUGGAUCACUUUAUCGAGCGCGAGCGGCUCAGGGCAUUGAUGAUCAUGUCGAAAGCAUAUCGCACUCUCGCACUGAGCCAUAUUCAGCAAGAACUUGCCUUCGACAGCCUGACUGAAGCCCGCGAAUUCCUUGCGACUCAUCGUUCCGCUGUCUUCACGAAACCUAACGACGCUGACAAGGACAAAAUCCUUGACUGUAAGGCGGCAGCGCCUCUUUUACUCGCCGCCUACGAGGAGAAGAUUCGCAAGGUCCAAAUCAAGGGAGCUAUAUAACCCAUGGCUCCCGUCUGGUUCCUUAGGCCUUAUGUCUGCGGCGCUCGACACUGUCUUGUCAUGGCUGUCGGGGAAUAUUCCUGGAUUGUCAUGGAUUCGAAGACAAGGGAUGACAAUGUGCCCCUUGCAAGCUGACUUGGCUUUGGAAUUUUACUAUCAUCAACAUGCUCAUUUCAUUUUAUAUUUCACUUUUAUUUUUCUACCUCUUGCUUCUCUCGGAGCGCCACUUGGCACGCCGCUCCAUCUGCGGCGACCACAGACGGGCACAACAACAGGAUAUCAAGAUCAAUACCGCGCGCGCAGGUCUCGGAGGACAAAAGCGUCGAAGAAGAUGGGGAUGUUCUUCAAGGUUGGCACACCACGGUUCGUCAAAUUUGCAUUACUCUGUCUAUCCUUUCGCAACCGUUACGACAAUGCUGAGCUCUCCGCGGGUGGCGGGCCGAGCGGAGAGUGCGGAGAAGGUGUGCGAGAUGGCGAAUUAGAGUAGGAUGAAGCAGGUGUGGAGCUAGUGCUCCAUCGAUGUAUGUUUUACGGAAUACGUUCCAUCGACAUCAACAAUAUACGGUAUACCAGUGAUUAGGUGUGCGUGAUGGUUCGAAUAUCGCCCUUGUGCAGAGAAUAUACUCUUUGCACUUUUCUACUACCCUACAGGUCGCAGCUUUGCUGAAGGCGAGGUUUGGCCGGAGUUGUAGCUGUGGCAAUUUUUGGCUGGAUGACCGGUCUUGACUCUCGCCGUUAAUUGUUUCAGCGCUGUGGCUUUUAUCCACAGCCGCCCAGUUGAAGAGCACCGGGCAAAAUCACUGCAUGCGUCCGACUUCAUCCUUGAUCAGUCGCGCAUGCGAGCUGGGAUGAACCGUCGAACUACGACCUCGCGGACGGAGUAGUGGGUAAGGCACGCUGGUGACGCAAGCGUACUUGUCGAUACGCGGGAAGAGGAUGGAAUCGUGACGUAGGUUAGGACAAGGGUCUUCUGGACUUGUGAGUUGACCCGGUUAAUCGUGGAUAACCACGUCCAAGAGAAGGGAGCGGUAUUUUGGAGAUUGAAUGGCGAUGAGUCACGAUCGGUAGGGUCUUCGUAUACUGGACAAAGAACAAUGGCGAAUUCGGCGUGGUGAAAGACUGGCCCUCGUUUGUACAAAAGCAGAUCGCAGCAGAACUUCACGCCAGAGCGCACAACCCAUCCCAGGGAGCGGUAGUGAUGAUACGCAGCGUAUUGCAACAGGAACGGGUUGUCGAACCGCGGCUGCGAAGGGGGCAAAAUUGAUGGGGAAAGGGACGGAGAAACGCAUGUAUUUGGGAUAUGGGCGUUCUGGAACGCGUACCAAGUCUGUUGGAGGGAAAGGGGCUUUUCCUGCUCUGGUGAAGAAAUGGAAAGUGAAUCAAGGGCCCAGGACAGAAAGAAUGCCUCGGGAAGCGUGAGCUGGAGAUGCUCAAUGUCCAUGUCCUCGAAGUCGUUGUUUGGUGGUCCCUCUGCUUUCUCUGAUUCAUCGUCUUCAUCCGCAACAGGAGUAUCUGGCGCGGACUGAGAUGGCUUCCAGGUAGCAGCGGAAGGAAUGACGCGAGCACCAUCAGGAGCAAAGCCGAGAGCUGCGCCAGUCGGGGGUGUGCGGCCCUCUGCAAAGGCCACCUCCGCUUCAGCAGCUACGGCGGCGAUGGCGCGAGCACGAUCAAGCUUAAACUGUUUGCGCUCUGCACGACGUUGCGCAGUAAUUUGCUCAGCGGACGGACCUGCCCGUGCUGCACGCUGCCGUGCAAGCCAUGUCGGCUCACUACGCGAAAGCGCGCCCUUUCCGUAGAAGCCACGCCGCCAUAAGAGAAGGGAGUCCUGAGGCGAAGUAACCCAGACAGAGCGCGAAGGACCAUCGAGUGUGCCAGCACAAUGAGUAGGGAUCACCCGAGUUUGCGCAAGCCCGAGCGGGGCAAGCAGGCGGGUUGCGAGCGUGUCCGGGGGAGGCUCUAGUAGGAGUGGAAGAGGGAGCGCAUAUAUGCGCGCGUUUUCGGCCUUUUGGCCACCACCUUUGGAGGGACCCUUCCUAUUUGAUCGUGCGUGCUUUGGAGUGGAGGCAGAGGUAGACAUUGAUUGAGGACCACUGGGGACGCGUAGCGGUAAGAUUUUGGCGCUUGCUGACGAUUGCGAUGACUAUUAUGUCUCGGCCAGGUAUAGUCCUGACUUGGUCGUGACUCCUAGUUGCACUACUUAUCUGACUCAAAAACGCGAGCUACGAGUUU